CUUUAUGGAAUUCAUUGUAUUAAUUAAUUUGCACUGAAACUUGAUUUAACCCAUUGACGCCGGAUGCUGCGUCGCGCAACAUUGCCCCUAGCGCCGGUUGUUGCAUAACGCAACAUUGCCCCAAAUGCCGGUUGCUGCAUAACGCAGCAUUGUUGAUUUGUCAUUUUUUUCAAGGCGCAUGCAGCAUGUAAUGCACAAUCAUUAGUUCAAAUACACAUGUGGUGGGUGUUUUCGAUUUUUUAAGACCAUGUGACCAAAAAUGUGUUGUGUGAUUUGUCGAUAAUAACGUCAAUCAAUCAGCCAUACUCGCUGUUCUGCACACGUGCGUUUGUUUAGCUAUUUAACACCGGCGAAAAUGGCUGCGGUUACUGCGGAGACAUGCUGUGACAGUGAUGGAAGUGAUGUGGAGUUGGAGGGGGGUGAACAGAUUUUAAUCGAGGAAGAGAUAGAGGGAGAUGUGCCGGAAGACCCCUUAGAUAGAGAACAGGAGUGGGAUUUGUUUCGAGAGGAUGAUGAGGAGGAGGAAUUCCAAGGCUUCCAAGUGGACUGGCAGUCAGAUGGAUUUCACCCCCCACGUCAACAAAAGUUCACUCGGACACCUGGGCUAAAGGUGCCGAUAUCUGAAGAUGCAAGCCCUUUAGAUGUAUUUUCGAAUAUUUUCACUGAGGAAGUUUGGGAUAUGUUGGUGACACAGACAAAUGUAUAUGCUGAUCAGACGCGCGGUCACACACCAUCAAACUUAAAGUGGAGCGCCGUCUCAAAACAGGAAAUGAAAUCAUUCAUCGGUCUCUGCAUAACUUUUGGGAUAAUGAAACUACCAACUCGCCGGGAUUACUGGAGACAGAGCAAGUGGCUGUAUCAGACAAAUGUCCCCCGAGUGAUGGCACGAGAUCGCUUCGACAUGAUCUGGAGAUAUCUACAUCUCCAAGACAACACUGACCCUAAAGUGGACAAAUCGGACAAGCUAUGGAAACUGCGGUGCUUCUUGGACCUCCUCCUGAACCAAUACCAGGCCCUUUAUGAAGUUAAUGGUAUCGUGACCGUGGACGAGUCCAUGGUCAAGUACAAAGGGCGGCUGGCAUUCCGGCAGUACCUCCCCAUGAAGCCAGUAAAAUGGGGAGUGAAGGUAUGGGUGAUGGCAGAAAGUACAACUGGCUACGUCACCAGCUUUCAGGUGUAUACGGGGGCCACAGAGGGCAAGGCGGAGAUCAACCUGGCGCACCGCAUCGUCACCGACCUGGCCAGCCCAUACUACGGAUCACACCUGUCUGUUUACAUGGAUAACUUCUACACAAGCGUGCCCUUGCUGGUUUACCUGAAGGCAAGGGGAAUUCAGGCUUGUGGGACGGUGCGCGCAAACAGAAGGGGCCUACCGAAGACCAAGGAGCUCAGCAAGCAGGCUGGCAUGGCCAGGCAUCAGUAUCGGGUGGCUCAACAGGAUGAGCUGACCUUGUGCGUGUGGCAGGACACCAAGGCAGUAAUGGUCCUGUCCAACCACCAUGACCCCAUGGCUUUGGGGUCAGUGAAAAGGAAGAUCGAGGCUCAGCGUCAGGUGGAGGUCAAGGUGCCAGCCUGCCUUGCUGACUACCAGCAACAUAUGAAGGGUGUAGACCUGCUCGACCAGAUGGUGGGGUACUACCAAAUCGAUCACAGGUCUUCAAAGUGGUGGAGGAGGCUGUUUUUUUAUUUUUUGUCUGUGGCGUGCUACAAUGCAUUUGUGGCUGCCAGAUCUGCUGGUGGAGAUGAAUGGAAGUACAGGAAGAGUGGCUACAAAGCCUGGUUGGAGGACUUAACGAUGGAGCUGUGCGUCCCAGUAACCAAGAGAAGUGCUCCCCACCAGAUGCUCCCCACCAGCCUAUCUGGAGCUUCAGCUGGGCAUGAUCUGGCCCAGAUCAGCAACAAGAGAAAGACCUGCAGGGAUUGUGCCAAAAAGCACACUGGCACCAAUGUGCGCCCGGGGUCUACACUGAUGGGAUGCAGGCAGUGCAAUAUUCCCCUGCACCGCGAGUGCUUCAUGCACCACGUUCUAUGACAGUAGUGUGUGUGUGUGUGUGUAUAAAAGAUGGGUGUGUGUGAGGUCAGUGUCAGUCUUUGGAAAUUUGUUCCUCCGGUCGUUUCCCCUGGUCAUUUCCUCCAGUUCCUCCUCAGGACUUUCACCACUUCUCCUCACUCCUUUCCCACCUUUCUCCCAUGACAAAGUGCCUUGUUCCAUGUUAGAUGAAUUAAUCUAUGUGUUGACAUGUUUUUAGAUCAAUUGAUCUGUGUUGAUAUGUCGUUCUUUAUAUGAAUGAAUCAUAUAAUACUGAUUUUUACUCAUCUGACUCUGAGAUUUGUUUUUUUUUAUAAAAAUGUGUUAGUGUUAAUGCUGAA